ACCAAUACCAGAUUUAGGUAUCUGAGACUGUCAGUGUAGCUGAAGGACACUAAAAUGGAGUUAUUUAACUUUAAAGCCUGUCUUCAUCUAUACUUCAUCGAUGCUGCUCAGUACUUGAGCCUGUGCUGCGUUUUUUUCCCCACAUUUCCCAGGGAUCAUCCAGAGAGGUGACUUCUGCUGUUUUUUUAGAUUUCCUCUGGAAAGGAGGAGGACAGAGUUGUGUGGGUGAUGCACUUUUUGGAAAAUUAAAAGAAAAAUCAUUUAUUUACAUGCAGAUGUUAGUACCUAAAUAGCACUAGAAUGUAAUCUAAAUCUACAGUCAAAGUCACUGGUCAUUAUUAGACCGUGAAUGUCAAAAAUAGCCUGGUUUGAGGCAAACACCUACAGACUCUGACAUUAGUGAUAUUAGGAGAACGUCAGUUGACUGUCUUGGCCUUAAUUGACUUUCCUUGCAAAUAUUUCAGGACACUGCAAGCUCUGCAUGUCUGAGUGUGUGCGCCUGUCUAUCUCAGCACUGGAGGGAGGGAGUCAAUCAUAACAGCAGAAAUCAUCCCUGCGGGCGAUCUGUCUCCACUCAUGACAAGGCUCCUAAGGCACUUAUCUUUCCUUCCCUGACUCAUUCCAUCCAUCUAUCCCUCAGCCCUCCCUCUGUCUCCCCAUCCACCUCUCCCUAUUCUCCCUUCUUGUACUCCAUCACUCUCUGUCUCCCUCCCACAGUUUGUCUCGUGCCCCGGCACCGCAAUUAACUUCUCAUCAUCAAAGGGUGUAAUGAAAAAGAAGGCGUGAUAGAGAGUCAGACAGAGGUAGGGAAGCUGUGAGUGAGGGAAGAUAAGAAGGAUGAACCCAGAGGAGACUGCACACAGACCGGAAUUCAAGAGAGAGAUGACCCUAGUUUUGUCCAUGAAUCCUUUCCUGGACCCAGAGGGAGACCCUCCGCUCUCCACAUACCAGCCCAUAUGGGAAUCGGAGCGUUGCACUAAGACUUGCCUGUCAAACCCUGCUCCACCAUGCAACUCUGAAGAGCAGUUCAAACAAGAAACCUCCUGCAGGCGAGUUCCUGAUCAUGUCUCAGUGUCAAGGAUUGCAUACUUCAAGAGGAAGUUUGUUGAUGAUGAUGAUGAGCCUCCUUUCAGUUUCAGGACAUACUGCCAGACUGUUGCACCAGUUUUGGAGGAGCGAGCCCAUGUGCUACGCCUAUCCCUGGAGAAGAUGCGUUUCAUCGAUGACCCUGAGGCCUUCCUCCGGCGCUCCGUCCUUGUUAACAACCUCCUUCGACGCCUGCGAGCUGAGAUCCUGCUCCAGAGCACUGACUGGUGUUUCCCACCCAACCCAGCAUUCACAACGGGCCCCUGCAUCCCACCACCCAGAGCUAACCCCGCUCACCAGGCACUCCAUGGAACAGUACCCACCCGGAUCUGCUUAACACCCCAAGUGGGACCACCUUUCCGUAAGCGCUUUCGGAUGGUGCGUGGAGGACAGGGGGAUUUACGCCCUGACUGUACCCAGACAUGCUGCUGUAUCUACGCAGCGGCAGCCGCUGCAGGACACUACCUCCACCUCCCAUUCUCCAUGUAUGACGCAGCGCUCUCAACCUGCCCGUCCACCACACCGCACUCCUCCUCAUUUUUCCAGCUAGCUAGCCACAGUAAGUUAGGGCUGACAGUGGCCAUAGACGAGCAUGAUGAUGAGGAUGAAGAUGUAGAGGAGGAGGAUGAAAAUGAAGAAGAAGAAGAAGAAGAGGAGGAAGAAGAAGAAGAAGAGCGGGAAGAGGAGGAGGAAGAAGACGAUGGAAGAAGACAAGCUGGGCCUUCCCUGAGUAUGGCUAAGGACAAGUCGAGCCACAAAACCAGGACUAGGACCUUGCUGGGUCAUGCACACACAAGGACAGAGGAGGAGAGCUGCAUGACAGAUAGGGCAGAAGAGGAGGAGGAGGGAGAGCAGGAGGAGGAGGAGGAGGAGGAGGAGGAGGUGGAAGAAGAGGUUGUGAGACCUUGUCAGUGGGACUCUACAGCCUCAGAAAGGGAGCUCCACAAGGUCAGCUUUUGGCACCGCAGGGCUCAUAGACAACAGAAAUGACUUGCGGUUUCACUCUAUUAGAAUGAAAAUGUAAUGAUGACGACAACUGUCAUCAGUUGAAGUUGAUUAUUUGAAUCUGAUUAUUUUCCUCAUAGCAGAAGAAGGUGUGAGCUACCUAUGCUAUAGUAACACCAAGCCAGCUUUAUUUUAAUGGUCUAAUAUACUCCAGGGUGGCACACAGACAAACUCCAUUUAACUCCGUUACUAGUGCUAUGGUAAGAUGAACAAAAAAAAAAGAAAAGACAGUUCUUGGCCACUGUUGGCCCUGGAGGCACAAUUCUAAAAGUUAAAUAUGGUGGGAUCUUCAUUCCCAGUGGUGAAGUGAAACUUGAUAUUGCACUGUCUCCAAGACCAUUUCCAAGCCCCUCAGCACAAAACGUAAGGUCUCAAGUGGGGCUUUAAUUUGGUGCAACGGUCUCAUUUCAGGACCCUAAACAAACAAAUGAAGGGUUGUCAAUUUGGGAGUGUGUGCUUAUGUGUGUGUUUAUUCGCAAAACAUGAUGUAGCAUUUUAAAACUUGAUUUUAAGCUGUUCUUUUUAUUAAACAUGGAUUGCACAUAAUUAUGUGUGCCGGUUGAUUCUGAAGCUGUCUCAGGCAACAAUGGCGAGCGACUGUGCUGCAAUGGCAGCACGUUGUGUAUUCUUCAAAUUAUUUUAAGAGACAACAAUCAUAAUCAUUGGAAAUGUUGAAUCACAAUUUCAAGUGCCUUAGUGUUUUUAUAGAUACAUGUAUAUGCGUUCACUGUUCUUGUUACUAAGUAGAUUGUCUUGCAUUCCAAGUGAUUGCGUUUGACUAAAAGAGGACACGGGCAUGUAGUUAAAUGCAGGGAUUUUUUCUAAUGUCUAUGAAAUUUCAGUAAAUUUCCACAUCCAACAAUUGUUCUGUUUGUUUUUAUGUCAAAAUGCAUGUUUUCAAAUGCUACUUGUCAUGACACUGCCCCAACUUAAAGCCAACUUUCAACAACAGUUAAAACCUUGGAAAUCUGAGAGCUGCAGUGAUUAGAUGAUCAUUUAGUCAAUUGAAAGAAAAUUAAUUGCCAGCUAUUUUGAUAAUCAGUUAAUCUCUUCAAGCAAAAAUGCCAAACUCCACUUUCUUUAAUGUUGGGAUUCGCACUUUUUCUUGUCAUUAAUGAUCUUUAGGUCUUGGAGUGUUGGUUGCGCAUUUUAUAGAAUAACAUGAUUACCCCUGUUAGGCACCAGAUUUACUUUAGUUAGACUUAAUCAAAAAAAAAGCUUGGUUGAUCUGUCCAUUCAUGAGGUUUUGUCCAAAACUUUUUUGAAUCUGAAAACAUCAAAGGGAUCUCACACUUUGAUGCUAACAACAAAUUGACAAAGUCUGUGCAGCAUUCUGAAAUUAUUUGACUCAACCUGCUGACUGCCAAAACAGCCCCCCAGCUUCAUCACACAUCUACAGGUGUGACUAACACAACAGUGUGUAUAUAAAAAGAAAAUCUCCAGGUUUGCUACUUAGCUACUUUAAACUAGAAGUUAAAGGGAUAGUUUGACAAUAUACUUAUCAGCUUUCCUGCCACGAUGAGAAGACUGGUACCAAAGUUAACAAAAUCCACUUUGUGGCCCCUGUAAAGCUCACUAAUUAUCACAUUACAUCUCUGGGCUAUCUUGAUGGUGUCUCCACUGGUUGCUCAGCAAGAUAGUUUCUGACCAGGCCAAGAAGUAGUAAACCUACAAUGUGUCAUCUUUCCACUUUAGGUGUUGUACGGCUAGCUGUUUUUAGUUUUUAAGGUAUGCAAGUUUCUUAUGUACUGUAUAGACACAACAGUUAGAUUGAUAUUUUCCCAAGAAAGCUUCCGUCACGAAAAGGAGGGGAACACAAGCAUAUUCCCCCAAAUAUCUGUCCAUUCCAGCUAUCCCAGUAUGACUUCCUUCUGUUGACCGAGCAAACGUUUCGAAUUGAGCACAAUACAGUGAAAUCAUGUUAGAUGAACAGUGUCAGUCUUUUUCGGUAUAAAUCGGGGAGUGUGUGUGUGUGUGUUCUUUUAAAAUAAACCCUUGAGAUAUGCUACACCUUGGAGGAGCUGGCAGUCUAGACAUUUUCUACUUGACAAAAAUAUGCCAGUCGAGGACAGAUCCAAUACAAAGCAAAUCGUAGUCAACAAAUUUGAACCUUUCUCGUCUGGCACCCCUGAAGAUUAGGAUCCCAAAGUUCUUAAUAAAUGGAAAGAUUCUAUUAGUCGUUUGUGUGUUAUUUUUCGUGAUAUACCUUAAGGUGCAAGAAUUGGAUGGUCUCGGUUGGUUUGGUGAAACUAAUCCUGCCUUGACGCUUAUGUGUUUCAGAUGUACAAAGUAAUAGUUUGUAUCCCUGACUGUUUUGGCAUCAGUGACACAUAUACAGCUAGAUAAGUACUACGGAGUGCCAGGGUAUUUCAUUUCAUUUCUCUCAACCCUACAUUAUAAAACCCAGUAACUAUGAGUGGCAUUUUUUGUAAAGACAAAAAAAUCUGACAAAGCAACAUUUGUUUCUGAGACAAGAACAUGUAACUGCAUUAUCUGUAAUUAAAAACAACAAAAGAGCAAGUCUGCUCUGACAAUUUUAUGUGAUGUUCUGUGACAAGUGUAAAGAUCAGUAAAAGAAAUGUUGAAAACAA